AUGCCGCCUGACCGUCCUGGUACUAGAUCAUCGCGGAAGAGGCCUGUUUCGUGCCACUUCUGCCGAUCCAGGAAGCUCAGAUGCAGCCGCCGGUUUCCGUGUCCGAACUGCACCAGUCGCGGCAUCGCGUGCCAGCUGUACGCUUCUCAGCCGGCUGAACCGCAGCCAGAGACUACGACUAGAGACACUGGUGCUGAUAGUUUGGAUGUCCUCGCGCGUCUUCGGCGGCUGGAAGAUAUUGUGCUCGGCAAAGACAACGAUUCUGCUGAGACGGUCUCGGAACGCACUCCAGCACAGUCACAAAGCCCCGGGAGAGAGCAGCACGCCACCGAAGAUGCUCGCUGGCUGGAGGUGGAAUGUUCCAUUCAAGGCCUAUCAAGUACGAUCGCACCAGACGGGGUGGUGUUCAAGACCCGUGCAAUCAGCCAGAUCCAAAGCGCCACAUCAAUUCUGGCCAGGGACUCUUCAGAUAUUGUAUCAAGUGAAGAGGCCACAAAGUGUUUUUGGAUUCCUCUAUAUGAAGAGUCCAAAUGUCUGGUGGAAAAAUAUCUCAAGGAACUUACCUAUCUCCUCCAUGUCAUCCACGUACCUUCUGUGAGAGCGACUAUGGAGAGACUCCACGAAGCGCUUCAUAUGGGAAUGCAGCCCAAUCCUGCACAUAUAGCACUUCUCCUAAGUAUCAUCGCGAGCACGCUUUACUCGUGGACAGCCAGAGAUCCGAGCAUAUUGUUAUCCUUAACGGCGGAGGAGGUAAAAAGUCGUACUCUUGUUUUUCUGAAAGCGGCACUUGAUUUACUGGAAUAUUCUUCUCGGGCCUCAGAUACUUCCCUAGAGGAAGUCCAAGCCAGGAUCAUCACAUCAAGUGUCGUCUGCAACCUUGAGGGUGUAUCGUCGAGAUACCGCAGCCUAAUCCUAACGGCCAUCACCGGUGCACGAGAACUGAGACUUCACAGACUAGACCAGAACAAUGGAUCGGAUGUGGAAAAUAGAGCAAGCGAUACAGUUGAGGCUGAGAUAGGAAGAAGAGUAUGGUGGUAUCUAGUCACCACAGACUGGGUUCUUUCCCAUUAUGAGGGCCCUUUAAAGGGGACAUAUACCGUUCAUCCGCGUCAAAUGCUGGUGAAGAAGCCGAGGAAUAUCGAUGAUAUCGACCUGCUCCCGGGAAAGGACAUCGUGGAACGACCGAUAGACUACCCUACCGACGUCUCCUAUACACUUCAACGAACCCGACUCGGUGAAAUCUGCCGAGAACUCACAGACAACACCCCCUUAUUUAGCUCUGAGCCCCUGAACUACGAAUCAGUACUCGCAAACGACAAAAAGACCGACGACUAUAUCUCGGGAUUCCCAGCCUUCUUCCGCCUCAACGGAGGCUCCCUAGAAGACCUCACAAAAAUCAACCCCAACAUCACCCCAGGAAUCAUAGUCCAGAGAUACAUCUUAAACAGCCUCACCCACGCCCAUAAAUGCCGACUACAUCUACCUUAUUUCGCCCGAGGCUCCGUCAACCCGAAAUACGCACACUCACGGGAAGUAUGCCUCCAGGCGGCUCGAACCGUCAUCCGCAGCGAGAGACUCUUCGAAAAAGAAUCUAUAUCAUUCCUCCCGAACCGGUUCCGAAUGGCAGGCUCGGUGCAUUGCCUGUGCAUGGCCAUUAUCGUGUUCGUUCUAGAUGUUUGCCUCUACAAGGACGGCGGCCAGGAAGAAGAGCGCAAAAGGGAAGCCGCUGAUGCCUGCAGUAUCCUGCAAACAGCGAAGAAUGACUCUUCCAUUGCUGGGAGGCUGCUGCAGUCCUUUAUGCGGGUUAUCAAGAAGCAUAAAGUGUCUAUUACCGGGAUUUCAAAUACGGGCGAAGGUGAGGGGCCUUCUUUCAAUCCAGAGCAGCCAGCUGUGUUGGAUGCAGCGGGAAGUGGCAUUUCAGAAUCAGACCCCAACCUAGGAUGUGAGAUAGACUGUUUUGCUGAACAGGGCCUUCUCAGUCCGCAGUCUUCUUAUUGGAGUGGGAUUAGUGAGACUUUCCACAGCGGGAUGGAUUCUAUUGAUUGGAAUGCUCUAUUCUUUGAGCUUGAUGCUCAAAGUCUUGAACCUGGGUCGCUGUUCUGA